AUGAAAACCGAAAUCACCACUGCGGAUUCCCUUCGUGAUCCUCCCUCAAGCGGUCUUAAAGUCGACUCUGAGCUGGCUAUCAGAGAGGACAUAGACCAAUUUCUGCCCUCAGAGGUGUCUUCGUUGGGGUCAGGUCAUCGGAACGAUGGUGAGGAUUCAGACACUGAUAGCGACAACUUUUUACAAGAUCCUGAAGACGAUGCGGAUGAAGAAACCACUGGUAGAGGGACAGUCGCGACCACUUCCAUCCCCGCUGAGUCAAGAGGCCGUCCAUCUUCUUGUAUCUUCGUGGCAAGUUUGGCUGCGGCCCUAUCCGAUGAUGAAUUAUGUCUGUCGGUGACGGAAAAUUUCAAAAAAUACGGUGAUUUGGCUAGAGUUAAAGUUUUGCGUGAUAACGCAAAUAGACCUUAUGCUUUUGUUCAAUACAACAACGACCAUGAUGCUAAACACGCCCUGAUUCGUGCUCAAGGCACUUUAUUAAAUGGCAGAAGAUUGCGUUGUGAACCCGCAAAAGUGAAUAGGACAUUGUACUUGAAAAAUCAACAAAGUAUUGAUUUUAACGAGAUCACUCAAAUUUGUGAAAAAUUUGGUGGUUUGGAACAGAUUGUUCCCGAUAGAACUGAUAAUCAAUAUACAAGAAGAUAUACCUAUCCGAUAUCUUCGGCAAAUUCAUGGUUCGUUCAAUUCAUUUACAGAGACGAUGCAAUCAGAGCUUAUGCGAAUUUACGAACUGAUCCAAAUUGGAUUAUCGAAUGGGCCCAAAAUAUAAACGUCCCAAAAAAUUAUAACCUUUUACACAAGAGCAAAUAUAAAAGUUCUAAAUAUCACCAAAACAAUGAUAUUACCAAUAACGAUGGUAGUAAUAAUAAUAAUAAUAACAAUAAUAAUAAUGAUAAUGGCGAGGAUUCAAGGAGGAAUGGUAGCAUUAUAGAAGAAGAGUGCGAACAUGCAAAUGGGAGUGAUUUAGACGAAAAAUUAACGAGUGAUGGUAUUGAUGACGACGAGGAUAAAGAUUCCGAGAUUACCAUUGAUAAAAAAUCCAUUUUCGUAGGUCAGUUAGACAAGGAAACUACUAGAGAGGAAUUGAACAGAAGAUUUUCCACUCAUGGUAAAAUCCAAGAUAUUAACUUAAUCUUCAAACCAACAAACAUAUUUGCUUUCAUUAAAUAUGAAACUGAAGAAGCCGCUGCUGCUGCUUUGGAAAGUGAAAACCAUGCAAUAUUCUUAAACAAGACAAUGCACGUUCAAUAUAAAGAAGUUGGUGGCCGUCACAAUAGAAAGUUCUCUGGUAAGAACGGUGGCAGCAACUUUAACCAUCAUCAAUUUUUCAGCACCAGAUCCGGCAAAACAUUUACUGGGCCCGAACUGAACUUAGCACCGCCACCUAUCAAUAUGUACAGGAAAAUGAGUGGUGGAUCUCAACAGGAAAGCGAAAAUAUGAUGCCAUAUAUGUCCAUGGGGCCCAUGCCCAUGGGGCCUCCACCAAAUGCCGCAAGUCUCAAUGAUUUUGAGAUGUUCCCUCCAAGUUACUCCACGUUUAUGAAGGGAAUGAUGCCAUUAAGGCGUAAGUCUAUGCCCAAUUCCUGGUCUUCUCCUUCUUCCAAGAGUGUAAACUCUGAAAAUGAAAGUGUUGAUGGUGGUGAUGAGAAUUCGGAAUUGCCUUCCGAAAUUCCUGAAUCGUCUGGUAGAUACAAUGCUGCUAAUUCCUUUACCACGUAUAAUAACUCCUCGGCAGGAAGCUCUAAUAACAACAACAUUAAGUCUCAAUAUAAGAAACGUUAUGCAAGGAGGUCAAGUUACGGAUACAAUGAGGUACCACCAAAACCAUACUAUUUCCAGCCUUAUUACUAUCACCCAAUGCAAUACCAUAUGGGCCCCAUGGGUCCGUUGCAUCCUUCUCAAAGUUCUGCCGGGAAUCAUCAUCCAUAUAUGAUGGUUUAUCCAAUGCCACCUCCUCCGCCUUCUGGUUUAGAUGGAAAUAUGAUGCCUCCUCCAAUAAAUGUGGGCCAAUCCCAUGCCGCUAAUCAUGGCGGUACUCAUCAUAUUCAGGCAAAUGAGUUCAUGUCAAAUGAUACUGGUGACAUAAAUGAGGAUAAUAAAGCUUCUUAUAAUUUAGACUACUAA